GCAGGUCAAAUACCCAUAGUGAGCAGGAUAUACAAACCGCAAUAUCUCCACCCCAACGUGACAUCCAAUAAUGCGCUUACUUCUAUUCAUGAUCCUCUACCUCGCUGGAGUAAUCCAAGCCGCACCUACUACCAAUGCAACUACUAUCAGCGAGGAUUUUGAAGCACCGUCAUUCACGAAUCGAACCCUGUGGAACAUCAUCUCGAGCUCCGUUCUCACUCUCUUCGCAUGUAUAUACAGUGCCAUCCAUCCUAAUAUUCCGAGUCCCAAGGACAGCCUAUUUCGUAUCCUAUGGCGGCGACUCGGGACCAUGAUUAUGGCACUAAUCGCUCCUGAACUGAUCGUCGUAUGGGCUAUGCGCCAGUGGAUGGGCGCUCAUUACGCGUGGACUCAGACGCACAGCUUCUUUGUGCUGAUGGGCGGGUUCAUGCUUUAUAAGGACGGGAAACCCCACCAUACACUACUGCCUAACAAGGUUCUCGGGCUGAUACGUAAAGGGUGUAUUGAUGCCCCUACCCUAACGGCAAAGGAGAUCAACGACCGGAGCAAAGGCAAUGUGAUAUCGAAAGGAUUGAUCAUACUUCAGGUGGCCUGGUUCAUUCUGCAGCUCCUCUCUCGCGCGAUUUAUCGCCUCGAAACGACCCAGCUGGAAACAGGGACGCUCGCUUUUGCGGUUCUGAAUUUCCUGACCUAUGCGCUAUGGUGGAAUAAGCCUCUCAAUGUUCAGUGUCCAUAUCGGUUGUACUGGAUGUCGACAGUGUCAAAGCCAGAGGACCACAUUGAUGUUGUCUCUGAUGAUAAUGAAGACCAUGUGCUUAUCACGAUCUAUAAGGCAACCUUCGCUCCAUUUAUGGAACUGAUGAGCUUAAACGUUCCCACGCGUCAGCUCCGAGUUCCUACAUUUGAUGGCAGCAUCAAACUAGAAGAAUCGGACACGGAUAUUCUUGUAUUUGCCGGAGUUCUGAUUGCGACGAUCUUUGGCGGCAUCCAUUGUACGGCUUGGUUUUUUGCCUUUCCUACAUAUCGGGAGCAGGUCCUGUGGCGCGUCAGUGCCGUCGCUAUAACUUGCACACCCUGGAUUGAAAUUCUAAUAUAUGUUGCAAUUAGCAUGGAUGUUAUAACGAAUUUCAUAGGUGGUAUGAUGACUGUUGUUGUUAUGUACAUAUUUGUCCUGUUGUACAUUGUAUCUCGUGGCAUGCUCUUGGUACUUAUGUUCACGACAUUACGCCAUCUUCCUGUUGACGCAUACACGACGGUGUCGUGGAUUAGUGUUGUGCCGCACUUGUAGUUUGCUUACUUUCAUACUUUUGUAAUCAUACUCAGGAUUACAGGCAGUAUCAUAGUACGCAAAAAUUGUAUAUCAGGAA